AUGACUACAUCACCAUCAUCAGGUUUAUCACCUGAAGCAAAAGAAUUUGUACCAUUAGUACAAAAUUCAUCAAUAAGCAUUCCAUUAUAUGUUGAUGAAAAUACAGUUGCAUCUAUAUAUCCUUCGGAUCAACAACCAUUAAUGGUUCAAGCAAUAUAUCCAAUGUUGGUAACAAAUUCAAAAGGAACAGAUAAUAUACAAUUUCCUGAAAUUGAAUUUCAUAUCCAACCAUCACAACAACAACAAUUUCAUAUUGAUUCAUGUGCAAAUAUUCAACAAUCAUCUUCUUUGAAUGGUAAUUCAUCAUCAAAUUCAACAUCUCAAAUUGUUCUUUUACCAACAACAAAUUCACCAGCAGGAUAUUAUCCAGGUCCACAAAUAAUUUAUUCGCCAAAUGAACAAGUAAAUGCAUUUUAUCCAAUUGAUUAUUGUGAACAACCAUUAAUUAAUUUUUCAAUUCAACAACCAAAUCAAAUGAAUAAAUCAAAUCGAAUCUCAUCAUCUCAACCACAAAGGCCAUCUUCAUUUCGUCAACAACAUACAACAUAUCGUCCAUCAUCUCGUGGCGGUGGUGGUGGUAAUCGCGGAAAUGGAAAUCCGAAUAAUAGAAAUUCUUAUUAUGAUUAUAAUAAUCGUCGAAAUGGUUCAUCAUAUGUAUCAAAUUCUGGACGAGGAAAUCCAUCAAAUAGUAAACGAAUACCAUCGUCAUAUCAUCAACAUGAUUAUAAUAAUUAUUACCAUUCAUCAUCAAGAUCAAGAGGUUAUUUACCACGUUCAUCACAACAACAACAUCAGCAACAACAGCAACAACAACAACAUGAUGAACAUCGAAAAGAUCAUUUUGAUUAUUAUAAUCAUGAGAAUAAUGAUUAUCGACAAUCAGAUCAUAUCAAUGAAGAUGGAACUCCAUUUGAAUUUCGACCAGAAGACUUUCCAAGUCUUCCUAUUAAUAAUAAUCAACAAUCUGAUAAUAAAACUCCAACACAAUCAAUUGCAUCAUUGAAUACAAAAUCGGCAUCAUCUUGGAAUGAAAUUGUAUCUGCAUCACGUCGUCGUUCAACUUCUCCACAAUCGAUUGCUCCAUCUCAAGAUCAACGAUCUGAUCGAAGUCGUUCAUUUAAUAAUAAAUUAUCAAUAAAUAAUGAACGAAAAUUAUCUAAUAAAAUACCGAAUCUCCAACCAACUAUAAGUAAAUCACCAAAUCGUGCUUCCAAAAUAAAUUCUCAAGAUGAACAACAACAACAACAACGUUCCUCAUCAUUAACAAAUAGUGAUCCUCCAAUAAUUGAACAUAAUAAUAAUACUAAACUUAAUGAUAUUAAAGAUGAUGGUUUUAUUCAAACAAAACAUCAACAUCGACGUUUAAAACGUAAAAAUAAAAUAAAAGAAGAAUCAACAUCAUUUACGGAACAAUCCAAUGAAAUUGAAUCAGCUCCAUAUGCUCUUGAUGAUGAAAAUGCUUUUCCAACUUUAGGACAACAAAUAAUUAAUCCGAAUAAUUCAGAAUUAUUAUCAAAAUCAAAAACUCAUCAAACUUGUGUAUCUGAUAUGUUCAAUGCAUUAAGUACAUCAACACAAAUCAAACAGCAAAAUUCACAUUCUAAACCAACAACAACAACUAAUGAUAAUCAUGUUGAUUCAAAAGUCAUACCAAAACGUAGUAAAGGACAUGAGCAACCAAAAGCACGUAAAUCAACUAAAGUUAAACGUAUUCUUAAUAAGAAUAUUGAAGAAAAUCAAAAACAAUCAAAUCUAACAGUAGAAAAAGAUAUUCAAAAUGAAACUGAUAUAAAUACAGCAAAUAUUACAGAAGAAGAUCAUCAAAAUUCAAAUCCAUUAUCUUCAAGCAGUAAUAAUAGUAGUGACACCAGUGAUUAUGAUGAUGCGGUUGACAAUUUGAAUGAUGAAUAA